AAGGAGAGGGCGCUUUCUGCGGACAUUUUGCGUUGGCUUUGCGUGUGGAUGCGGAUCGGUUAUCUUUGCGUUUUAACAAGAUCCAGUCAUGCUGCAACAGGUCCUUAGACUCGGCCCCCAGGCCCACCAUACCCUCUGUCUAGUCCUGAGGAGGAACGUCACCAUGUCCGCCGUCGUCAUGGUAAACAACAAGUCCAUGCCCCCGGUACAGAAGCUGUAUCUAGACAAGAUUAAGGAAUACGCCAAGAAGAGCAAAGCGCUCGGCGGCCAGAUGGUCGAUCCUGACCCAGUGAUAGAGAAGGACUUGGAAGCGGAGGCGUCGCGACUGAACAAACUCUACGGCGGCGGAGAUCUUGCGCAGUUCCCAACGUUUGAAUUUAAAGAAAUUGAUUUUGAUACCCCCGAUAAAAAGUAGUCCAUAGACGGAGCGUUUCUUCAUCCGGCAAGCCUGUCCAUCGUCACAGUGAUUUCACAGUUUACUGGAUGAAGACUGCAGUAUUUAUAUUAGGAAUGAAUGAUUUAUUACAAGUGUUUUUCAGAGAUUUAAAUGGACUGGGAUUUAACAGAAGGGUUGAAGUGCAAGUGUGACCCGACAACUGAUCUCAGGACCGAGUAGAAAGAGCACAGUUGUACCCACAUGGUUUGGAUUUGAUGGUAACAUGUCCACACCUGUGUGAGAAAUACAUGUUCAUGUAGAUGAAUCUGCCGUUGCUUACACUCGUCAGUGUUAACCAUGAUAGCUGAAAAUUGAGGAUACAGCCCAACUCCCAGUUUGUAAUUUUCAGAGCCAAAGUCAUCGCUUUUCAACAUCAAAAAGCCACUACACAACUUAGCAAUGCUUUAGAGCCCACUUCACAACAUUUUCCUUUUUGACAAAAGGUUUCAAGUAACAUCUUUAGUGAGUAAACAGAUUUGCUACAUGAAGUUUGCUAUUAAAAAAGGUCCCAUGCUGUGAUGUAUUCUCCAUUGUACAGUUUGAUUUCUGUAGUGACUUGCGAGUAUAAUCAGUUGUUUUUAUGUGUAGAGAGAUUCAGGUCACCAUUUGGACAGUUGCACAAGGAAGAAUUUCUAGAGAUCUCUCCAAACUGGAGUGGAUUGUUAAAGUUCCUCUGUCAACCAGUUUCAUUAUCUGUUACAGUAGUGCAGGUUUUGUUUAGUUUUCCAUUGAAUUGUUGCUGACGUUUUACGAUCAUUAAAACAGGUUUGAUGAUGUAUAUAAA